AUAUUCAGACACUGUAUGUAAAAUUUUAGUAUUGUACACAAGUAACAGUUUGUAGGUAUUUAACUCUCUUUUGUAAUUAUAUGUUUUAAAAUUUCUUUCAGGUAAGCAGUGUGCUGUUAUGAUUAUUUCGUUCUUAGGAAGUAAAGUCAUUUUAGAGCUGAUGCAUUUAUAUAAUUUACUUCCUUAUUUGCAUUUCGUUUUAUAUCACUUAACGUAGCCUUCCUUAGACAGAAAUUAUAUAUAUAGUUAUAUAGUUAUAAAUUGUCAAGUGUAGAAGAAUUCUUUUUUUGAAAUAAUGGAGAAUAUAGCAUCACAUAUUCCCACUUUUAAUGUUUUACAUAUUUCUGAGAAAAGUACAACUGAAGAUAGUGGAAUAUUUGACUCAUCUUCCAUGUGUACGGGAAUAAAAGCUACUUUUUAUACCAGCAAAGAUAAGCAAAUAUUUUAUAAAAAUUCCUCAGAUAUUGAAAAUGCAGGUGAAGAAGCUUUCAUUGUAAGUCAGGAGACAAUUUCUACAUUGUGUGGAUAUGGUGAUGAAGCAUCUGAUUCUUUAGAAAUUAAUCUCAAUUCUGAUCGUUCUUCUGAAAGUAUAUUAUCCUCUUUGCAAACUGAAAGAACACACACAGAAGAAAAUGCUCCAAAAGUUGUAGUUCAGAAACUUGGUGUCGAUUUAGGUGACAUAACUAUUUUACGUGUUGAUGAGAAAUAUCGAAGUAAGACAUCAAUCAACUGCCAUUCAUUACUUGAUGAUAGUCUUCCUUUCUGUGGAACAAAAUCAGACAUUCAUAGCCUAUGUAACGAGAAUGGAUUUGAAGAGGCCGUAGAUGUGGAUACUAAUAAAAGAUAUUUUCUGAAUGAAUCAAGAUCAUCAAACUAUGCAUCAAAAAGGUUUUUUCGUAAAUAUCAUGACAUGAAUUUUCAUAUUCGUCGGGGUGAAGGAAUAAAACUUAGGAAAAUUAAUUAUGUUGCAUCCAUGAUUGAAAAUGCCUCGGAUCAAGUAUUGCGGUUUCUGCAUUACGUAUUAUUUAAUAUUUAUGGACUGAGCAAAAAUGAACGAUCAUUAUCUCAGACAAAGCAGAAUAUUUUGCAUUUUAGUGGUUUCCCAUUUGAUGCAAAAUCUGAAGCAUUCCAUAGAAAGCGUGUUUGCUUGUCUAGAGUACCUUAUCCUGUCUUAAAAAGCAUGAAUAAAAUUUUCCUGGGAGAUGGUCCUGGGAGUAAAUCUGAAAUUGUUGAAAAUCUUCUUCAGUUUUUUUUGAAGCCAACAAGGUCACCUGUAUACAUGAGACCAGUGGAAGAAGAUUUAGAGAAAACAUUGGCAGAAUAUGAAAGAUUAAAGGAAUAUACACUAAAAGGCCCAACUCCAGUAGUUUUGGUUCAGAAGCUCACAGAUAGUUUUAUUCACCAGAUAACAAAUAGGGAAAACUCAAGCAAUAGUCUCAACUGUAAAUCAACUUUUAAUGUUGAUGCACAAUAUUUCAAACCUGCUUAUAUUUUAAAUGGCCCCGGACCUAAGUUGAAAUCUCUUCCUGGAGUUGCCAAAAGAGUUUCUAGGCUUCGAGAACACACUGUCAGUCUAAUGCACAAUGUGCUAUAUGGAAGAUCAGAAAGCGAUCUUUUAAGUCGGGAGAAUAUCUUGCAGUUUUCUGGAUUCUUACCAUGUCAAAAAGAUUUUGUUGCUAGUAGAAAUGCAUUGCUUAAAAGCUUAAAUAUUUCACAACUUCAAUCAAUCUGUCGAGCAUUCUUUCUUAAAAGAAGAAGUAAUAGAAACAAAAUGAUAAAAAGCAUUCUAGAAUUUCUUUGUUUACCUUCGCAGUCACUUAUGCUUGAAAGUGAAAGACUGAAAACAUCAGAAUGCAAAAUGAAGAUUUCCAAACCAGUGGAAAUGGAAAGCUGUAAAAGAAGUGAAAGACUGAAAACAUCAGAAUGCAGAAUUAAAAUUUCCAAACCAGUGGAAAUGGAAAGCUGUAAAAAAAGUGAAAGUGUAAAAGUAACUGAAUGCAGAAUUCAAGUUUCCAAACCUGUUGAAGUGAAAAAUUUAAAAAAAACUGAAAUAGCGAGCACUAUAGAAACUCCUUCGUUGAAACUGAGAGAUUUUGAAAAAAGUAAGUUUAAUGCUAUGUUU